CAUGCUGUUUAUCUACUUAUUGCAGGGAAAAGCUGGAUCAAGUCGAUGAUUCUGACCGCUUCACUCUUUCCAUUUUUGUGCUUUGGAAUUGGUUUCAUUCUGAACACAAUUGCCAUAUUUUAUGGUUCUCUAGCAGCCAUUCCUUUUGGCACAAUGGUAGUUGUCUUCGUUAUCUGGGCAUUCAUUUCCUUCCCCCUGGCUCUUCUGGGUACAGUCGUUGGAAGAAACUGGAGUGGUGCUCCAAACAAUCCAUGCCGUGUCAAGACCAUUCCUCGCCCUAUACCUGUGAAAAAGUGGUACUUGACACCAUCUGUAAUCUCCUUGAUGGGGGGUUUGCUACCAUUUGGCAGCAUAUUUAUUGAGAUGUAUUUCGUCUUCACAUCCUUCUGGAAUUACAAGGUGUACUAUGUUUACGGGUUUAUGCUUUUGGUAUUCCUGAUUCUCAUUGUUGUUACUGUCUGUGUGACCAUUGUGGGCACAUAUUUCCUGUUAAAUGCUGAGAAUUAUCAUUGGCAAUGGACUUCAUUUUUCUCAGCCGCCUCUACAGCUGUCUAUGUCUAUCUGUACUCAGUAUAUUACUACUAUGUGAAGACUAAGAUGUCAGGGUUCUUCCAGACCAGUUUCUACUUUGGAUACACGCUGAUGUUUUGUCUCGGCUUAGGAAUUCUCUGCGGUGCUGUUGGAUUUUUGGGCUCACAUCUGUUUGUGAGGAGGAUCUAUAGAAACAUCAAAUGCGACUGACACUGCUCCUCCAUUUGCUUAGUUUCUGGUACUAAGGUCGAGAAAAACCUCAAGAACCAUGUAUCUUUGUGGGAUUCGAUUCGGUUUAAUGAUGGUAGGUACCUCCUCUGCUUGUAUUCUGGGGGAGCCCUGAAAAUUUUCCCCAUUCCUUGGGCUGUAAAAGUAAUCUCCUAUUUUCAUUUGUACUUAAAUUAGAAUGAAGAGACUUCAAAUGAUUCAAGGCUAGCAUUGUAAGAGUUUCAGCUGUCACGUAGUUAUUGUAUCUCCAUUGCUAUACGACUCGGAUGCACUCAAAUCACUGCUAUUUAAUUUUUUGUUGAUUCU